CAGCAGUCAGAGCCAAGACACACGCGAAAGAGGAUGUAUCGCGUGGCGUGAGCCACUAUCCACGUAUUCCCCGUCCACGGACAGACAUAGACUGUGAUUUUAUUCGGAGUUUUACCAACCAAAUAGUCAGUGUAACGACGGCCAAUACCAAAGAUUAUACGAAGCGACAUCCUCUUACUCGGCUGUGUAUACAAGUGCCAGGUUUCCUAGUCCCGAACUCCCUCCGUCAGAGACGAGAGAGAGUUUCCCCCAAACUGUGUCUCCCUCUUAGCGAUUGUGUAGUGCGUGAAUUUUCCGUCACCGUGUUCGCUCCCAAGUGUCCCAGCGAAUAUGAGGUUAGAAGUAAAAUCCGCGGCCAAUUUCCUAGUUGAUUUGGUUCGCCUCAACAACAGCGGACUAACAGAAUCACAGAUGGAAAAGUUCCGCGAGAAUGUUUGUGAUAUCUUAGUGCGGCACUACACCGACCACUGGUUCCCGGAAAAGCCUUUCAAGGGAUCCGGAUACCGGUGCAUCCGCAUCAACGGCAAGAUGGACCCCCUCAUCGCCAGGGCCGGAUUCAUGAUGGGCCUGGCCGUCUCCUUCCUCCGGUCGCUCUUCCCCACCGAGCUCACCAUGUGGGUCGACCCCAUGGAGGUGGCGUACCGCAUCGGCGAGAACGGAUCCAUCUGCAUUCUCUACGAGGACGACAAGCCCCUCAAGAGCCCGCCUCCCGCCGAAACCCCGUCUCCGGUGAAGGCCCUGCCGUCGCCUCCGCCGCAGCAGCGGGCUUCCUCACCUCCCCAGGCGCUGUCCCAGCAGUCUCACCACCAUCAUCUCCACGUGCAGCAGCAGCAGCAGGCUCAACAGCAGGCGCAGCAGCAGCUUCAUCAUCAUCAGCACCACCACUUCUCACCGUCCAAGUCUGUCGUGGUUUCGAGCGCCCUCCAUCAGUCGCCCCCCCUGUCUCCUGUGACCACGCAGCAGCAACACCAACUCCACCAGCAGCAGCAGGCAGCCGCGGCGGCCAUGCAGCUGAGCAUGUUCAUCAUGAACGGCAAAGACAACGGCAACCUGGUCAAGUGCAAGGAAUCUCUGCGAGGAGGUCUGGACGCGCGACGCCUCCAGAUGGACCCGCUCUUCGUGUCUAGCUGAGCCCACCUCACGCCAACUCUUGUGAUCUCACCCACGCCAACAGUUGAAAGUACAAUCAGGGACCAACAGGUGAUCAAGACAUCGCGGUGACCUCCACCCAACACCUGUAGGGGGUCGGUUGUUGCACUCGCGUCUCCCCCUCCCAAGACGCCCAAUCACAACGGGAAAAUUCUAAGAUUACAGUAAUAUUUAUGUACAUAAUGAUAUAAUAUAAUUAUAUAAUAUAAUACACCUAUUAAGUGUUGUGGUAUGAGUGUUUGGGCGCUCGAGGCGCAUGUGCCCUCCGUUAUUCUAAUGGGAAAACCCGAUGAUCACUGCUGCUGCUCUGAUGCUGACUAUGUGCAUGCCUCUCCGUACUUAGCCACGUCCUAACCCUGUAGCCCGUAGCUGUGGUUCAAGCUAGCCCGCCACGAACCGCCCUCGGGGACCAGGAAUCGCAUCGAUUCCGUCUUUAUUCCGAGUCCCCUGCUUGGUCCGGUUCGGGGCUUGUGUACCAGCAGGCACGGCGAGCUGGGGGGUUGAGAGCGUACGAAACGGAGCGCGUCCGACGAGCUGCGGACGAGUCCCGUGGGCCGCCGCCCGCCCUUCGUCUCCGCGGAGGGCGAUCCGAGGGCGGCGAGGCAGGGCCCGAGGCGAAGUGUGUGAAGAUGUGAUAAUACUUGCAGUCUCGGUGCCCUUUGCCUUCUUGCCCUAGCGCAGCGAACAUCCCAGUUCACCCCUAAUGACUGAAGAAGUUUAAAAAAAACUUUUCAAAUGGUACAAAGUCAAAGUUUUUAAAGUGUCUGUGAUUUAUUCGGUCGCAGUAUUUUCUUUUCAUUUUAUGGAAAAUGUUCUAGCUCAGUUUAUCAUCAAUGUUUAGCUUUAGCGACAUUAUUUUGCUUUAAGCAAUUCAUGGGUAGUGAUAUAAUUGUGUACAUUUUUUUUCCUUGUUGGUGCAUGCUUAUCUUGUAAUAUAUGCCUGUAAAAAGCCUAUUUUGUUCCACAAAACGUCUAAUUUUACUAGAAAAUCGUUUUGUACAGUAUAAAUAAAAUGUCCAAUGCAUUGCACUCCUUGGUUUUUCUUCACCACUCUUGGUCUGCUAAGUAGAGGUCGCUCCAGAGGAGGCCAGUGGUGAAGUGAAUCUCGGUGAAGGAAAAGAUUCUGGAAGAAGUGUUAAAAAAGUUAAAAACCAAAAAAAUGUCUCAGUAAGAAAGAGGCUCUUAAAAAAAAAUAUGAAACAUUGCCUAGAGCUCGCUAACUGGUGAAGGAAAUUUAAGAAAUCAAAAGAGCCAGUUAGUAUUCACUUAAGAUUAUUACUAUAUUAGUUAAUAAUCCUCCCUUUCACAAUAUAACAUCUUGGUCCAAAUAUGUUAAAGUUUGUGAAGUGGUAACUUAAAAAAAAAGUCCAAUGACAGAAGAAAAGGAAAGAGGCAGAGAUCCUCUUUCACUCCGAUUAAAAGUGAGACAUUAUUGUAAAAGUGUAGUGUGGUUUUCAAGAUCCAAAAGAGCAGGUUUAAUCUCAGGAGCUGAGCAUGGACAGACUUUAUUUAAUUAUAACUGGAUAUCAUUUAUUUUCAAAUCUGUGUUAUUUUUUUUAAGUUGCUAGUCAAUGGAAUUCAUAUUUUUUGAUCAGGUGAAUGGAAACAAAGAAUGUGAUAUGAGUACACUUUAUUUGAAAAUAUUAUGAAUUGAAAAUACAUAGAACUUACCGUAA